AGGAGUAAAGUCUGGGGUGGGGGCAUUGGGAGACACCAGGACAGGCAGACAGACAGACACAGGAACAGAGGCAGGGAUCCCGCUGAGGAGGUUGCUGCAGAGGAGGGGAUCUCGGGGGGAUUGCACCCUGAAGAGCCUGGGAUCUCUCCCCCCAAGCCAGGAUGCAGGUGCUGUGGCUACUGCUGGCAGGGCUGAGCUGCCACGGAGCAGGUGGCUUCAUGAUGCAUCUAGUGACCGAGUGCCCAGUGGCUGCCAACGGGUCAGUGCUGGCCGUGGACGUCUACCUGGCCUUCAACAAGAACCGGCUGGUGUGCUACGACCCCAAAAGCCACCUCUUUUAUGGCUGUGACUCGGGGCUACUGCAAAAUGUGGCCUUCGGCAUUGCCAGCACCCUCAAUAUGAACAGGACAUUCAUCCACCUGGCCGCCAGCAAGCAACAGGGCUGCCAGGACCAGAUCCAGGGGCUGUGGGCCCAGACAGCACUCCGGAGACGUGCGUGGGACCACGGGGCGGCAGGGACAAGGAGGCGGGAUGCUGGGGUAGAGGGGUCCAUGCGGGGACAAAGAGACAGGACAUCAGGGUGGAAGGGCCCGUGGAUGGGUCUGGGGGGAUGAGAAGACCAGAUGCUGGGACAGAGGGGCCCCUGGGUG